AUGCCUACGGCCACAGAAACCAACGGCGUUGGAACCGCCGCUGCCGUCCAGAACGGCAACGGCAGCACGCAUCAAGCUACGUCUGAUCAAUAUGUGGUGACAGAAAAACCGCUAGGUGACCCGCGCCCGCUGCGUGUCAUCACCAUUGGCGCGGGCGCCUCUGGCUUGAACCUGGCGUUCCAGAUCAACAGGCACAUGAAGAACGUCGAGCACGUCGUGUACGAGAAGAACCCGGACGUCGGCGGCACGUGGUACGAGAACCGGUACCCGGGGUGUGCCUGCGACAUUCCGUCGCAUAACUACCAGUUUACCUGGGCGCCGUCUGCGGAGUGGAGUCAUUUCUAUUCAGGCGCACCAGAGAUUCUGGAGUACUUCCGCAACAUCGCGCGCAAGUACGAUCUCUACCAGUUCGUCAGGCUAAACCACAAGAUCAUCGAUGCGCGAUGGGACGAGGACAAGGGUAUCUGGAACCUUAAAGCGCAGAAUACCGAGACUGGGGAGAUUGUCGAAGACUGGGGGCAUUUCAUGAUCACAGGCUCUGGAAUACUGAACAACUGGAAGUGGCCUGAUAUUCCCGGCCUGCAUUCCUUCAAGGGCAAGCUCCUGCACAGUGCGGCGUGGGACAAGAAUGCAGACUGGCGAGGAAAGAAGGUGGCUGUCCUGGGCUGCGGAUCGUCUGGCGUGCAGAUUGUGCCAACUAUCCAGCCUGAUGCGAAACAGCUUAUCACGUUCAUUCGCACGCCGACGUGGAUUACUGCGGGUUUUGCCCAGAGCAAAGCCGGACCUGGAGGUGCCAAUUUUGCGUUCUCUGAGGAGCAAAAGGAAAAAUUCCGAAAGGACCCGCAAGAGCAUCUCCGCUAUCGCAAAGAGGUUGAAGCGGAGCUGAACAAACGACUUCAAAUCAUCAAAGACAGCCCCGAACAAGCCGAAGCCGUCCGGUACUCGAUCAAUGAAAUGAAGUCCAAACUCGGCGAGAACAACCCCCUGCUGAAGCAUCUCAUCCCAAGCUUUGCCGUCGGCUGUCGCCGUCCGACGCCCGGUAACGGCUACCUCGAAGCCCUGACCAAGGAGAACGUGCGCGUCGUGACGGACCGUAUCACGGAGGUCGUGCCCGAGGGCAUCAAGCUCGAGACGGGCGAGGUGAUCAAGAUCGACAUGUUCAUCUGCGCGACUGGCUUCGACAUCUCCUUCCGUCCGCGGUACCCGGUUAUCGGGCGUGACGGCAUCAGUCUGGGAGAGCAGUGGAAGGACAAACCGAAGGGGUAUCUGUCGUUGGCCGUGCCAAACUUUCCCAACCAUUUCAUGUUCCUCGGCCCCAACGCCCCCAUUGGACACGGCUCUGUCCUUCCAAUCGUCGAGCACGCAGCCAAAUACAUCAUCCGGAUGCUGCACAAAUGCCAGACGCAGGACAUCAAGUCCGUGACAGUCAAGCAGGAGGCCGUCGACGACUUCGACGAGCACAUCCAGGAAUUCAUGAAGCGGACGGCGUGGAGCACGCACUGCCGGUCAUGGUUCAAGAACGGCAAGAUCGACGGGCCCAUCGUGGCGCUGCAUCCAGGAAGCAGGGUGCAUUGGUUCCACAUGCUGGAGGAACCGCGCUACGAGGACUAUGUGUGGGAGAGUCUGGGCAGGAAUCGGUUCUCCUAUCUCGGAAAUGGCUUCAGUGUCAAGGAGGCGGAGGGCAAGGACACGACGUGGUAUUUCGAUAAUCCGGAUGAGGGGUACGAGCGUGUGAAGUAUUGA